GGCUGUCUGCAGGGAUGGGGCCACCACCUCUCUUAGCACCCUGCGCAGUGCCUCACUACCCCCAUUGUAAACAACUUCUUCCUUACAUCCAAUCUCAGUCUCCCCUCUCUAAGUUUGAAACCAUUUCUACUUGGAGAUGCCCAAAGCCAGGCUGGAUGUGGCCCUAGGCAGCCUGAUCUGGGUUGCCAGUUGUAGGGAACUGUUAGGUCAGAGCUUGAAUUGGUGAUGGAGCACCUGAUGAAGGGGUGCAGCUGGCCCAGGGAGCACAGGCAUAUUAUUUGCACUUGUGUUCCACAAGUGACCAGAAGGAGUGGACCCAGAGUAGGGCCUCCCUGGGCUCAAGUGAGGGCCAGCCAUGUAUGGGAGAGUAUUGCUUGUACCUGGGCUGCUUCUGAAGAUGGAGUGCCAGAGGCCCCUUCAUCAGUUGAUGCAUCCACUCGGACUGUGUAAUAGCAAUGAUGAGGAAGACCUGUAUGAAUAUGGCUGGGUAGGAGUGGUGAAGCUGGAACAGCCUGAGCUGGAACCAAAGCCAUGCCUCACUGUUUUAGGAAAGGCAAAAAGAGCAGUGCAGCGAGGAGCCACAGCGGUCAUCUUUGAUGUUUCUGAAAACCCAGAUGCCAUUGAUCAGCUGAACCAGGGCUUAGAAGACCCUCUGAAGAGACCAGUGGUGUAUGUGAAGGGUGCGGAUGCUGUCAAGCUAAUGAACAUAGUUAACAAGCAGAAAGUGGCACGAGCAAGGAUUCAGCAUCGCCCCCCACGGCAACCUACUGAGUACUUUGAUAUGGGAAUUUUCCUGGCCUUCUUUGUGGUUGUGUCUCUUGUUUGCCUCAUUCUUCUUGUCAAGAUCAAACUGAAACAACGACGUAGUCAGAAUUCCAUGAACAGGCUUGCAGUGCAAGCACUGGAAAAAAUGGAGACCAGGAAGUUUAAGUCUAAAAGCAAGGGACACCGGGAAGGUAGCUGCGGUGCUCUGGAUACACUCAGUAGCAGCUCUACCUCUGACUGUGCCAUCUGCUUGGAGAAGUACAUUGAUGGGGAGGAGCUGCGUGUCAUUCCCUGCACUCACCGAUUUCACAAGAAAUGUGUGGAUCCUUGGUUACUGCAGCAUCACACCUGUCCUCACUGCCGCCAUAACAUCAUUGAACAGAAGAAGGGAAACACAGGCCCAGUCUGUCUGGAAUCCAUCAACUCAGCACGCAGCCGGCAGCAGAGGGUGAUUCUGCCUGUCCAUUACCCAGGCCGAGUGCACAGAGCGAACCAGAUAACAGCGUAUCCUACACGGACAAGCAUGGACCCUCAUGGAAAUCCCAUCACAGUACUUACAGUUGAGCGACACGGUGAACAGAGCCUCUACCAAGCCCAAUCUGCAGCCUAUAUCCGAAGCUAUCAGCCUAUUCAUUUGGACCAUGCUUUAAACACACACCACUGCAGCCUGGAACAUAGGGCUUAUUCUCCAGCUCACAACUUCCGACGACCCAAGUUUGGAGGACGAAACUUUUCUAAAGCAGCGUGCUUUUCCCAGUACGAGACCAUGUAUCAGCACUACUACUUCCAAGGCCUUAGUUACCCUGAGCAAGAUGGACAGCCUUCAACUGGCAUUUCCUCAAAGGGUCCUUCCCGUGCCUUUCAGCCUGGUAGCAGUGUGCUUUUCCCUCCUGUGGUACACGUAGUGCCCUCAUCUCGCUUGGAGAGUGGCAGUACCUCCAGCUUUAGCUGCUAUCACGGUCAUCGUUCAGUGUGCAGUGGAUAUUUAGCUGACUGCCCUGGAAGUGACAGCAGCAGCAGCAGUUCUGGUCAGUGUCACUGCUCCUCCAGCGAUUCCAUGGUUGACUGCACCGAGGUCAGCAACCAAGGUGUUUAUGGGAGUUGCUCCACCUUCCGCAGCUCUUUGAGCAGUGACUAUGACCCAUACAUCUACCGCAGUAAAAGCCCUUGCCGAGUGGGUGAGGCUGGUGGUACAAACAAGGGUGCAAUUGUUCUCUUGGAGGACCCCCAUCAGGAUGAGCUUCCAGCUCACAGUCACAGUCUGGUGAGUGCUGACUGCCGGCCUGUGCCAGCUUCUUCCUCAGGGGACCAACUGUCUAAUUGCAGCAUGGAUAUGAACUAUAGCAGUAAUUCCUCACUAGAGCACAGGGAUCCAAAUGGCACUACCUCAGAGGGAGGACCUGAGGCCACUCCUGGUGCUGCCUUGGAUGUUAAAAUGAACUGGAAGAAUCCAGAGAUAACAGGGCCGCUUAUGGAGCAAGCAUGCGCGUGCUGCUUUGAACUCCAGCACUCUGCCCUGGAGCCUAGAAAUGGGACAGCUGACUGUAGUGCACUCUUCCUCAGUUCUCCGCUGUGGGGGGCAUGUGGCCCAGGGUUAGAACCACAGUCAGGGAGCACCCAGGGCUUGUACAGUAUUAAAUCAGACCACUUGCAUAGGACAGAUAGGGUAAAAUACGAAGGGUUGCCAUGCUGCUUCUAUGAAGAGAAGCAGGUAGCCUGUAGUAGCAACAGUGGCAGUGGAGGCGGUGGCUGCUAUACAGAAGACUAUGCAGUGAAUGUGCAGUACACGCUUCCUGAUGACACCUUGCCAAGCUGUUAUAAGGGUGUACAUGAUCUGGGUCAACGCAUUCCCAUCAUUCCUGAAGACAGAGACUGUGAGCUAAUUCUACCUACAGAGUGCCAAGGGACCCACACAGGUGGCUGUAGUUCCUGGGAUGGAACAUCUGAGCUAGAUGCUUACCUGCACUGCCAAGGUAUAGGAGAGGUACAGGAUGAGAGGGAGGUGUGCUAUGAGGCAACAUCUUUCCUACGUCAAAACUGCUCUCAGGAAGAGGAAACCAGAAUGCUCUUUCCUAGUUCCACUCCGCACUCCCAGAAGUUGACAGCGACCACGCAAGUCACAGGUGCUGGAUCUCAUCCCUUGGAGAGAAGCCAGACUGGUGACUAGACUUGUCCAGAUGACACCAGGUGGAGAAGUGGAGCUUAUCACAGACUCCAAAUUCACACGGACUUCAAUUUGUUAAGCUUUGACAAACACACAAAAGUGGUAAUGUGGAGAAGUCCCUCCCCCACUUCCUCUAUGUCCACAUCAGCUUGAUUAUCCUCUUUCUCCCUUUUGCCUGAAGCCUUCAGGCCUCCAUUGGUGUGCAAAGCCCAUGUGGGACAUGGUGUGGAGCAUUCUGAGCUCUAAUGCUGUUUCUAUAUUAAUGACAAAAUGUUAUUUAUAUUUUUCUUUUUAGAAGUGACCGUGUCAGCUCUUGCUGAGAGGUAACACGGUGUGUUAAAUAAGCCAGGCUAUGUGUAGACGCUGUUACCUCCUACUUGAAGGAGUCCAGCCUUUGAUAAGCUCAGGGCUACACCUGCCUUAGAAACCAGAUAGCACCUUGAAAUAAAGUAGUCCAGAGGGAUACAGCUGCUGAAUGGAUGUUCAGAUAUCAAUUAAUCCUAGUAGCAAAUCCUAGUAGCCAGCAACUUAUAUGCAUGAUUUUGAGAGAGGUGAAGGAUUAGACUGUCUCCUUCUUCCUCUCCCCUCCCCACCUUUUAUGCUGCUCCAAUGAUUUGGCUGGGGAGAGUCUCCAGCCAUCAUGAUUAGUUUUAACAGACUGGGGGUAGGGAUACUGUUAGCUCGGGUUGUUCAUAUUCCCAUUUCCUGCUAAAACAUGGACCUCAUUGUAUCUUCUGACUGGUGAAGAAUGUUGGGGGGGGGGGGGGGGAGGGACACCCUUCCCUCAAACAGGUGGUAGAAGAAAGUGUUUAGAAAGGGUGAAACCUUUGUAGAUAGUCAAUCUUGGCUUCCAUAGGAAGUUUUACAGGCACUUGUAGCCCCCCUCGUGGCUGUGGGAAAUGCUGGCAUAUGCAGGACAAUAGGGUUUGCAGGGGGCUUGCGCUUGCCUGGCUCACGUUGGAAAUAGGUCAGAAUCUGUCUUGUUCCCUUAUAGCCUGCAAGCAUGCCUAAGGGGAAGCAGUGCUUGUCACCCAUUGCACACGCAGGGAAAUGAGGACUUGGUUUUAGUCAUGGUUUCCUUGGUUGCUGUGGAUGAUGUAAGCUUCCAUAGAUCGAUCUGUUUUAAAGGUUUCUUGGGCCCAGCCAGUUGUGCUUCAUUUUCGUCUCGUGUACAGAGCGUUCUCUGUACUCCAUUAGCCUGGGCACAUACUUUUGUUCUUGUUCUUGUACUAGUGGGGACAUUGGUUAUCAUGGGAUAACGUCUGUCGUCACUUCUGAUAGCAAUUGUUUCCUGUGGAAACAGCGGCUUCUGAGUAAGAGGCUACCAUAGCAUGGUUUAAUUGCCUGUCAUGCUGCAUGUGCCUGAGGACACAGUGUCAUCCUGUCUGCUAUAUUCACAGCAGGAAUUCUCCUAAAGGGAAACUACUUUGUUAAUGCCCACACUGCCAGCCUGCUGCAAAGAUUGGUCUGAAGUUCAGUAGGCUUCGAAGGUAUUUAAAAGUCGUGAAAAGGAGUUGCAUGCUUCACCUUAUGUUUGCAACCAUGAUGUCCUUGACAGCACUGGGCUGAUUGUGAGUACCAGAAAAGGUAACUUCUUUUCUGUAUAGUCCCGAAGGAAAUACUUUAUAAAAUGCAAACAACCAAGAAAGAAACAAAUUAGGUUGGUUCAUUUACUUUUCCUUUCUGUACUCGAUAAAUUAGGAAAAAACAAUUCUGUUGGAAGCAGUUCCCAUUAGAUCUCUCUAAGUGAACAAACGCCCCGAUCCAGCUGUUCAGAGAAUUGACACAAGCCAAUACUUGGGUAGAAAACUGAAACAAAAAAGUAAACAUAUUUCCUGUGUAUAAAGUUUAUUGAAAACGUAUUCAUUCUCUGAAUGACUGCAGUAAGUGGCAUGUGUUAGGAGAAGCAACUUUACGAGGCUUUUUUUUAAAAGUCUUCCCUUUCUCCUUCCUCCACUCAAACGAAAAGCAUUGCACACAUCAUGGGAUGCCACCUGGAUUACCUUGCUUGGUGUUUCACCAGGCACUGUGAGGCCACUGAGGUGCACUGUGCUCCAUAGCUGCACGGCGCCGGGUGGCAAAGCACGGUUCUGCAACAGGUAUUUGAAUGUUGUGGCUCAUGGUGUUCCUGUACCAGCCUCCUUCACGUGUUGUGGGGAUCUCUGCCAGUCCCACAGUUCUGCAGGCCUUACAGAGAUGCCCUGUGCUUGGUUUCUGUGUUUGGCUUUAUGGUCAACGUGUCGUUCAUCCUCAGUAUGUCUGUCCAGUUGUCCAGCUGCCAUGAUAGGUGGUUUUAUAACAAAAUACCUUUCUACUGCUUCCAUGAACAGUUGUCAUUGUGUUUGGCUCAUGAGGCACUAUUUAAAAUGUUUGUUGUUGUUUUUUUUUUUAAUGAUCUUAUAGCACUUAAAAUUGUUUUGUAUAAAAUUUGCUGUAAAGAUUUGUAAUAUGGUCAAAGGGCUCUUUCUCCUUCAUUACCAUUUUUUUAAAUGUUUUAAAAGCUAGAAAGCAUCCUGUAUAUAUUCUGUAUAUGUAUAGCAGCACAUUUCAUUUAUGGAAAUAUGUUCUCAGAAUAUUUAUUUACUAAUAUAUUUAUCUUAAGCCAUGUUUUAUGUUGAGAGUGUGUGACAUUAUUGUAAUAAUCAUUGAAAAUCACUAACACGAGGCCCUGUAAAUACAUGAUAAUUGCACACAAAGAUUUUACAGUACUUGCCGACCAAAAAUGAUUUAAGAAAAGUUGUAGUUACCUGCAGUUUUGUAAGAAAGUGUACAAAUGUCUGUAUUAAAAAAAAAAAAAGGCAAAACCAC